GCUUUACUGAAUAUCCAACAAGUCAUACAUAAAAAAUCGUGUAUGUAUUUUAGUGAGUUAAUUCACAUCAAGUUGUUUAAUAAAACACUUGUCAACAUAAAGGCUUACUAUUAUUCGUCUCACUCUGUAUCAUCACAACACAAAUAAAAGAACUUAAUCCGAAUAAAGGAGGGCAGCUGAAAAAUAUUUUAUUUUAUUUUCUAGUGGAAGUGACACACAUUUAAUAAAUUCUUUUAUUUGUUGGUCAUAUCUAGGUACCCAAUUUGUUGGUACCUUCAAUUUUAAUAGAAGCGAUAAAAAAAAGUUUAUUAUUGAUAAAAAAAAUUGUUACAGUUGUGGGACAUCGAAUGAUAUUGUGUAUGGAACUGAUCGUUGCCAUAGAACGACGUUUUUUGUUCAAAAAAAAAAAGUUUUAAGUGACAAAGUAAAAUAAAUUGUGAAUUAAAAAUAAGAGAAGGAAAUGGAUUAAAAAAACAGCAGCAGCAGAAUAUAAUACAUGAAGUAUCGUAUCAUGUUUAACUGUCAUUAACUAUUAAAUCUGUGAAACAUUAUAACAAAAUUAAUAUUAAACACGAGUGUAAAAUUGUGAAUUAUUAAGUCAUGGCUUGCAUCAAUGAUGAUUGGGAGCAUCACGUUGUUGUAAAUCCAAUUUUACAGGACUUGCAUUGUGCUGAUGAAGAAUAUUUUGCGACACAAGAUCUUCUUGGACAGUCGGCGACAGCACCAACAACAACGUCCGUAAGUGCCCAGUCGCCUUUAUCGGAGACAAAUCCACCACCGUCAUUAAGCCCAAAUGGCGGUACACAACCGGGACCUCUUUCACCCGGUGCAUUAUCGCAGACAUCACAGACUGCUGUUACAACAAAUCCAUCGUCAAAUGGUGCUGGGGCGUCGAAUGGAGGUAAUACGACAUCGACUUGCUGCGAGAAUGGACGACCUAUAAUGAAUGAUCCUGUAUCAGGACAAACAAUUUGCUCAUGUCAAUAUGAUUCAGCACGUUUGGCAUUAUCGAGUUAUUCACGGUUGCCUAGUGCCGGUGUUUAUGGUACGCCAUAUCCAUCAACUGACCAAAAUCCUUAUCCAAGUAUCGGCGUAGAUAGCUCAGCAUUUUAUUCACCUCUUAGCAAUCCCUAUGGAAUUAAAGACAGUGGACCAACGAGUGAUAUGUCAGCAUGGACAACAGCAGGACUUCAACCAACAACAACCUAUUAUUCACCUUACGACCCAACGUUGGCAGCUUAUGGUUAUGGUGCAGGAUAUGAUCUUGCCGCUCGCCGUAAAAAUGCAACACGUGAAUCAACAGCAACGCUUAAAGCGUGGCUCAAUGAACAUAAAAAGAAUCCUUAUCCGACAAAAGGAGAAAAGAUAAUGUUGGCAAUUAUAACAAAAAUGACACUAACGCAAGUGUCCACAUGGUUUGCAAAUGCAAGACGUCGACUUAAGAAGGAGAACAAGAUGACUUGGGAGCCGAAAAAUAAGACAGACGAUGACGACGAUGCAAUGGUGUCAGAUGAUGAGAAGGAGAAGGAUGACAUGGAUGAUAAGAGUCGGAAUAAAGACUCGAUGCAUCAUCAUGUUAAAUCAGAACGUGAUAAGGAUGUGGAUGAUGAUGAUUUGGAUGAUAGGAAGCCAGACAUGGUGCAUCAUGGCUACUAUCAACAUCCAAUGACAAUGGGCGGUCAUUAUCAUCAUCAUAAUAUGAAAACAGAAAUGGAUACGGUUUCAAAAAACCAAACGGGCAGCGACUGUGGCGUGCCGAUUCCAGCAUCAAAGCCCAAGAUCUGGAGUCUAGCAGACACAGCCGCGUGCAAGACACCACCACCUCACUCACACUUACACCUGAACGCCGCAGGAGCUUGGGCUUAUCAGACGCACCCUUCGUCAGUAGCGGCAACAGCUCAAUACAACAGCAACAGUCAUACCGGGUCUCCAACACACAACAGUCACCUCCAUCAGAUGCAAUUAUUACAGCAACAACAACAGCAACCGCCACAACAUCCACAACAUGUUCAGCAGCCACAGCAACUUCAAAUUCAACAGGAUCCAAUUCAACAACAGCAUAUGAUGAAUAUGCAAGGAAGUACUUCCGUACCGGUUGGAAUGAAUAUGAAUGCGAUAACUUCAGGGCAUCACAAUCAAUCGCAACCAAUGAGUACCAAUGGGAUGAAUACAUGGGGAGGCAGUUCUCCUUAUUCCCGUUACGGGGGGUUUCUAGCGGGAGCACAAGCCGGUACGCACCCUACACAACCUCAACAGCAACAGCCUCACCAAACGCAACAGCAUCAUCAGUAUAUCAACAACAAUCAUACGGGGGGUACAACAACGCCAGUUACUCCGAACAGUACAGGUCAAGCUAUUACACCCACGCUCCAACAGAACAGCAACAGCCAAACGAGCAGCAAUCAAACGAUGGGGUUUCCAGAAGUACAAACCGACACCCCGCCUCAGACACCACCGAAUAUGAAGUUCAACACGGCCAACUCUACUACAGCAGAUACCAUGAAUAAUGGCAUAAAUGCUGGUGGAAAUAAUACAUAUAUUGGAAAUUUUCGAGUACAACAGAAUGAUAGUUCAACAUCGCCACAUCAAAUGAUGAAUCAAAUGACGGAUGGGUUUAAGCCCUUUUACAAAAAUAAUCAGCAAAUUGGAAAUAACAAUAAUUACGUAUCUCCUGUUUGAGAAUUUCUCUCACAUUUAUCACGAAACUAUAUUUAAAUUGCACUUUGAUGAGGUAAUUAUUUCGUAAUUUAUUUAUAAUGUAUCAUGCAAUCUCCCUUUAAAGAACCAUUUAUUCCUUUUUAUUAUUACUAUUAUUAUUAUUAUUUUAAAACAAGAUAUAUACUGCACAUUAGGCCAGCAUUAUCCAUACACAAAAUGCAAUCUUUUAAAUAAACAAAUCUCGAAUAUCCCUUUUGUAAACUUUCCAUUAUUUAUGUGUGAGAUUUUUCGAGCGUGUAUCUAAAGUGCAUUGUCAUUUGGCCCGAUAAAUUAGGGGAUUGUUAGGGAGAUAGGCAUAUUAGUUCAUUGACUCGUGAACUUACUUAGUAUACUAAAUUUGAUGUAAUUUGGACAUUUAAUGUAUAUUUUGAAGCUGCAAUAAAAAAAUCGUUAUAUUUUAAAAUUAGA